GGGGGUCGACAAGCAUGUCGGCUGUCCUCUCUCGGCGGCGGAGCCUCAGACGACGAGGUGAGCGCCGCCCCGUCAGCCUCCACAGCGCUCUUCGGCUCUGCCACUGCCUCGGACGCCACCACCCCUUCUCCCUGGACCGCAUCAGGCUGCACUUUUGCUCCUUCUCGCCCGGUGGCGUCAGGGUGUAGGGGGGGCGAUGCACAGAGGGCGGCGGGAGGUGGUGUUGGCCGCGGUCUGCGGGCUCGCCUCCUCCCCGCCGUCCUCGGAGGCUGCCAGGCCCCUCCCCCGGGCCAGAUGGAUCCCUCCGCCCCGAAGCCCCGCGUGGAAACCGCCGGCAAAGACAUAUGGCACCCAGGAGAAAGAUGUCUUGUCCCUUCUCCAGAUAAUGAAAAGCUUUGUGAAGCAAGUAUAAAAUCUAUCAUAGUGGAUGAAAAUGGGAAGUCAUUUGCAAUCAUCUUAUAUUCAGAUUUUCAAGAAAGGAAAGUACCUCUUAAAAGACUUCAAGAAGUAAAAUCUGUUAAAGAUUGCUCCAGGAAUUUCAUAUUUGAUGAUGAAGAUUUAGAAAAACCUUAUUUCCCAGAUCGAAAAUUUCCAUCAUCUGCUGUUGCUUUCCAGUUAUCUGAAGAUGGAGAUUCUAUUCCUUACACUAUUAAUAGGUAUUUGAGAGACUAUCAAAGGGAAGGAGCCCAGUUUCUUUAUGGACACUUCAUCCAAGGAAGAGGGUGUAUUCUUGGUGAUGAUAUGGGACUUGGAAAAACAGUACAGGUUAUUUCAUUUUUGGCUGCCAUUUUGCAUAAAAAGGGAACUCGUGAGGAUAUUGAAAAUAAUAUGCCAGAGUUUUUACUAAGAAGUCUGAAAAAGGAACCCCCUUCUUCUAUAGCAAAAAAGAUGUUCUUAAUAGUUGCUCCUCUUUCUGUUCUCUACAACUGGAGGGAUGAAUUGGACACCUGGGGAUAUUUCAGAGUCACUAUUUUACAUGGUAACAAAAAGGACAAUGAACUGAUUCGUGUAAAGCAGAGGAAGUGUGAAAUUGCUCUAACAACUUAUGAAACACUGCGCUUAUGUCUGGAUGAGCUUAACAGCUUGGAAUGGUCAGCUAUUAUUGUGGAUGAAGCUCAUAGAAUCAAGAAUCCAAAGGCUAGAGUAACAGAAGUUAUGAAAGCUUUAAAGUGUAAUGUUCGCAUUGGCCUCACUGGAACCAUUCUUCAGAACAACAUGAAAGAACUGUGGUGUGUUAUGGACUGGGCUGUGCCAGGACUUUUAGGUAGCAGGAUCCACUUCAAGAAGCAGUUUUCUGACCCAGUAGAACAUGGUCAGAGACACACAGCAACAAAAAGAGAACUAGCUACUGGCCGAAAGGCCAUGCAGCGGCUUGCAAAAAAGAUGUCUGGAUGGUUUCUUAGGCGUACCAAGACUCUAAUCAAGGAUCAGUUGCCUAAGAAGGAAGACCGGAUGGUGUAUUGUUCUCUGACAGAUUUUCAGAAAGCUGUCUAUCAGACAGUAUUAGAAACAGAAGAUGUGACUUUGAUACUUCGAUCUUCUGAGCCAUGUACCUGCAGCAGUGGUCGAAAAAGGAGAAAUUGUUGUUAUAAGACCAAUUCUCAUGGUGAAACAGUGAAAACCUUGUAUUUCAGCUACCUUGCAGUCCUUCAGAAGGUAGCUAACCACGUCUCGCUACUGCAGGCUGCUAGCACCUCCAAACAGCAGGAAACACUCAUCAAAAGGAUAUGUGAUCAGGUAUUUUCCAGAUUCCCAGAUUUUGUGCAGAAAAGCAAAGAUGCAGCCUUUGAAACACUUUCUGACCCAAAAUACAGUGGGAAAAUGAAGGUCCUUCAGCAGCUUUUAAAUCACUGCAGGAAAAACAAAGAUAAAGUUCUUCUUUUCUCCUUCUCCACCAAGUUGCUCGAUGUGCUGCAGCAAUACUGUAUGGCAUCUGGGCUUGAUUACCGACGACUCGAUGGCAGUACAAAAUCAGAGGAAAGAAUCAAGAUCGUGAAAGAGUUCAACAGUACUCAAGAUGUUAACAUUUGCCUUGUCUCCACAAUGGCUGGUGGACUAGGCCUCAAUUUUGUUGGUGCCAAUGUUGUUGUAUUAUUUGAUCCAACAUGGAAUCCAGCCAAUGAUCUUCAGGCCAUUGACAGAGCAUAUAGGAUUGGGCAAUGCAGAGAUGUCAAAGUGUUUAGGCUGAUAUCCUUGGGAACUGUGGAGGAGAUCAUGUACUUACGGCAGGUGUACAAACAGCAACUUCAGUGUGUGGUGGUUGGAAGCGAAAAUGCCAAGCGAUAUUUUGAAGCAGUUCAAGGAUCAAAAGAGCAUCGAGGAGAGCUUUUUGGACUCUAUAAUCUCUUCAAACUGAGGCCUCAAGGGUCUUGUCUUACAAAGGAUAUCCUGGAGAGAGAAGGCCAAGUGGAAGCAGGGGUCAUGACAGCCACAACGUGGUUGAAAGAGGAACCUCAAGAACAACAAGAACCACCUGGAGAGCCUGACUGUCAAGAACCCAAAGGUGCAGAACCACCGGCAAAAGAUGCACAUGGUCUAUGCAGUGAUCUCAGUGACGAUGAAUUGGUGGACAACUCAAGAGUCAAAUCUGCCAGAGGCAAAGCAUCUGACUCAAGUAAAGCUUCCGGUCCUCCUGGACAGUUCACCUUACUCCAGUGUGGUUUCUCUCAAUUGCUCGAGACAAAAUGGAAAGCAGUUGAUGACAGUGAUGAAAAUACUGCAUCUGACAAUGAAAGUCCUGAUGAGCAGCCCCCAUGCCUUUCAGCAGAAGCCAAAGAUGUUGGUUGUCAGAAGAAUCAAGUCCCUCGUGGUACUUCAAAACAUCAGAAAUUAGCUAAUAUCCUAAAGCCAAGUGAAAAAUGUGUUUUUGAUAAAAGUAAAAAGAUUUUAGAACAGUCUGUUUCUUCUGAGUCUGAUAAGAAAAUUUUUAAAAAUACAGCUGAUGACCAUUGCAUUUUACAGAAUGACACAGAAUCGGAAAAUAGUGAUGUCAUCCUCCCCACACAAUAUACAACUCAGAAAUCCCGUAAGAGCAGUAUGAAGUCUAGGCCACCCGCGGAUAGAUCUGAAGAUUCUGAAACAGAAAACCCUAUAAAAAUAACAAAUGAUGGUGAUGAUAGAAAGACCGAUGUCAGAGGAAGUGGACUAAUUUCAAAACAAUUAAAUCCUAAGAGCAGGACCCUGAAGUCUAUUAUGAAAAGAAAAGGUAGUAGUGAUAUUAGUGAUGAGUCUGAUGACAUCGACAUUUCCUCCAAGUCAAGAGUAAGAAAACAAAGAGCUACUAGUUCUUUGAGGUUCAAGAGAAAAAAGGAAAAUAAAAGGGAACUUGACACUUUUUCUAAAACAAUGAAGAAAGCAAACCAACUGUAUGCAACAGAUGAAGAUUGUAAUUCUCAGGUUAUUGAUGAUUUUUCAUCCUCAGAUGAUGACUUUUUUGUUAGCCACAUCGAUUUCUCCAAACAGAAACAUAGACCAAAAACUAUUAAAGAUAAAAUUGGUUUCUCUUCCAAAUUGCCUCGGCAUAAGAAAAACAGCACUUUAGUACCAAGAAAACCAAUGAAAUUUUCAAAUGACAGCAUUGCCAAUCAAGAGCAGAUGUAUGAAUCAAUGGAUAAAUUUUUAGAUGGUGUUCAGGAAGUGGCUUAUAUCCACUCAAACCAGAAUGUGAUUGGAUCAAGCAAAGCUGAAAAUCACAUGAGCCGAUGGGCAGCACGUGAUGUAUUUGAAUUGAAGCAGUUUUCCCAGCUUCCUGCGAACAUAGCUGUUUGCACAUCUAAGACAUAUAGAGAUAAAACGAAGGCAGAUACAUCGACACACACUGAAGAAGUUCAACAAGCAAGUGAAGGAGGCGUUUCAUGUCCCCUUUACAUUGCACACCCUGUGAGCCAGAAGAAGAAGAAAGUCUACCGUACAGACCAGACCACCUUCCUACUGGGAGAAACACCAAAAGGGGUUCGCAGAAAACAAUUUGAAGAAAUGGCUUCUUAUUUUAAUUUGUCUUCUGUGAAGGAAUUUGCUCAACAUAUAACUAACGCCACAUCAGAAGAACGACAGAAAAUGCUAAGAGACUUUUAUGCUUCUCAGUAUCCAGAGGUCAAAGACUUCUUUGUGGAUUCUGCUGCAGGACUCGUUAAACCUGCCCACAAGUCAGGAAAGAGAGUCAGGAAUAAGUCUGAAAAGGGAGAGUCUUCUAUAAAAGAAAAGCUGCCAGACUCCAAAACUUUGUCAUUUAGAGAUUCUACCCAAAAAAAUUCUCAAAUUUGCAGCCCAAAAAGAUAUACGGGAAAAUCAGUUAAGCCUCAAAGUCAUGAUUUCUGUAGAGAAGAGCUGCUUUCUAACAAUGCAGAAACUCCGAAAUUACCUAUAAGCGCUGCCCAAGGGACUGACAGUGAAAAACACGGCCAAGUCUCCAAAGGCCCUACAGCGUCCUGUUCCCUGAACAGUACGUCUGAAGCAUGUGAGAGAAGGUUAGAAAAUACCAUAACAGACCAGCAGGACCUCACAAGAAUGGGCAUUUCAAGAAAUGAACCCUUUUUCGAAAUGGAAAACAAAAAGAUAAAAAAUCCAGUGUUAGAAAAGAUUUCUGUGGUAGGCUUACUGGGUGACACCUCUAUUCUUGAUGACCUCUUUAAAAGUCACGGGAACAGUCCCACAAGACUGCCAAGGAAAAGUCUUUCAGGGCCCAUGGCAAAAGCAAAACAGAGACCAAAAGAUUUCUGGGACAUCCUGAAUGAGCAGAAUGACGACAGUCUCAGCAAACUCACCGACUUGGCAGUGAUAGAGACUCUGUGUGAAAAAGUGCCCCUGGCUGCACCCUCCAGGACAGAGGAGCGAGAAACUUCGCUUUGGAAAUCAAACGAGAACUUUUUGUGGAAAAAAGUAAAUUCAAGUGAUACCGAUGAAAACACAACCAAAACGCAAGAAUAGUGUAUAAAUGUACAAACUGCUGCCAUCAAUGUUUGCAACACUCUUUCACCCUCAUUAUGUUAACUUGAACACACUUGUCAGCAUGUAUUUUUAUUAAACUCUUGCUCUAGGGUCAUUUUUUAAGUCAAAAAUAUUAUCAUGUAUUUUCUUUCCUUGAUAUCUUAUUUGAUCUUUUUAAAAUUAUGAUUUUAUUAAUGUGAUUUAUUAUAAAAUGUGAUUUUAUUUAUAGAAUAAAAUUAAUUUUAUUCCAUAAGCAAUAGAAACAAUUCUGUAUUUACCAGGAGAUCUGGGCAUCUCUCUUGCUUUGGAGAAGUCACGCGCCCUGCUUUCCAGCUGUUUCCCAAUGUGAAAGGUGGAAGGGUCGAAUUUGAUCAAGAUGGGCCUCCUUCUAGUUUAAGAAGCUUUGGUUUACUCUCCCAGAUCCCAUUAAACCAUAGGCCAGAUGACAUUCACCCCUGCCCAAAUCAAGUGUACAUUGAGGUGUUCUUACUAACAGUUGGAAAAUUAUUACGUCAACUGUUUUCCUUUACCCUCGGUAUCAUGUCUACUGUUGUUAAAUUACUGUAGGUGACAAUAAUUACUAGAAAUGAGUAUGUGGUAUUAUGUUAAAAUAGUAAGUUUAUAACUGCUCAAAAUCAAAGGGUUAAUGUAUAACUUUACCAUAUGAGAUAUGAUGCUGAAGUGGUAUGAUUAUUACCUUAGCCCCAGGAUGUCACUGUCUCAACUUUUCAUACAACUACUAGGAUCUAAUCACUGUAAAGCUUUGCAGAGUACUUUUGUAUUUCUUAAGUAUAAAGAAAUGAGUAAAUAUUUUAUUUGAAACUUA